CUAGAAGUCUAAAAUCUUAAACCGUCAACCAGAACCUAUAAAUAAGAGGACCUUCACUCAAAUUUUCCUUUGCAUUAUUAUACAAACACUUUCUUUUUCUCUGAAUCUCUCUGACUCUGAUUCCGCAUUACUAUCCCAGUUCUACACUCUACUCAGGUUUGUUUCUCAGAACGCACCUUCUUUGGAAUUCUCUAUUUGGGUUAUUUUCUCCUUUUUUGCGAUGAAUGCUCUGCGUCAAGCGUUGUUCUCUCCGAUUGGAUUGGCCUCGCCGAAGCUCCACGCCAUUCCCUGGUCGAAAGUUAGGGUUUUUAUUUUUAGGGUUCCUCUUAAUUUCAUUAUCACCGGCGAUACAGUAGUUUGGCGUGUUGGAGAGCAAGAUUAAAUAAUUUGGGGGUUUUGUUUGAUUUGGUCAUAUGAAAUUUCUUUUUUCCAUUGGUGUUCAUAAUUUGUAUUUUACUUAAGUGGUGUUACAUUGGGUUUAUGGAGACUUGGGGGAGUAACGAAAUUUCGGUUUUGAAGAGGCCAUGGAUUCUGCAGCUUCUUCUUCUUGGGUUGUUGUUUGAGUUUUGGAAGAGAUAAAUGAGCAAUGAAGGAUCUUAUUCAUGGGAGUACUGUGUGCCUGAUGUUAUUUGGAAUGUGCUUUCUUUUUUUUUCAUAGUAUUAUGGCUGUUAUAACCACAACAAGGAGGAGUGAACGUUUCCGGCGAACAACACCACCGACAUGUACGUAUUGGCUAGCUGGGAGAUGCAACCGAAAUCCUUGUAGAUUUUCGCAUAGCUCACCAACAUUGCCAUCGAAUGCAUACUAUAAUGGCAAUACCACAUAUAAGCAUUCAAAGCAACCAACAAAUUGCGCAUCGAAGGCCCUCGAGAAGCCAGCAAAUCGUGCACCAAUGGCUGUUGUGUCUGUUGAGAAGCCAACCAAGUGUGAACCAAUGGCUAUGUCUGAUGAGAAGAUUACAGUGUGUGGACUAGAGGCUGUGUCCGUUGAGAAGCCAACCAAGUGUGAACAAAAGGCUGUAUUAAUUGAAAAGACCGCAGAUGUGGAAGAUGUGGACACUGUUGUUGCUAAGGCUCCUGUGGAGAAAUCACGAAGUAUUUGUAAAUAUUGGAUGACUGACACUUGUGUGCAUGGUGACCUGUGCCAGAAUUUGCAUUCAUGGUUUUAUGGUGAUGGGUUUUCUACACUUGCAAAGCUUCAUGAACACAAGAAGGCUGUAACCGGGAUUGCAUUGCCGGCUGGUUCGGACAAACUUUAUUCUGGCAGCACUGAUGGCACAGUUCGAGCCUGGGACUGCAACACUGGCCGCUGUCUUGGUGUGAUAAACCUUAAUUCUGAAGUUACCUCGUUGGUAUCUGAGGGCUCAUGGAUAUUUGCCGGUGUGAAGAAUGCUGUGAAGGCAUGGAAUAUUCAAACCGGUGCAGAUUUUACUCUUGAUGGACCUAUGGGGCAAGUCCUGUCCUUGAAUGUUGGCAAUGAUAUCCUCCUUGCUGGAGCAGAGGAUGGUGUUAUUUAUGCUUGGAGAGUCAGCUCUGAUCCCAAAGCUGAGUCUCCUUUCGAACUGGUUGCAACACUGAGUGGUCAUACUAAACCGGUGGUUUGUCUUGCUAUUGGAUGCUACAAGAUGCUUUAUUCUGGGUCCAUGGACCAUAGCAUUAAGGUUUGGGACCUUGAUACAUUACAGUGCACAAUGACACUUAAUGGACAUUCUGAGGUAGUCACAUCACUUAUUUGUUGGGACAAUUACUUGUUAUCGAGUUCUUCUGAUUGCACGGUCAAUGUUUGGGUGUGCACUGAGGAGGGAAUUCUGAAGGUGGCAUACACUCACACUGAAAAAAAUGCUGUUCUUGGACUGUAUGGGAUGACUGAUGCAGAGGCGAAACCAAUAUUAUUCUGCUCGUGCAAAGAUAAUUCAGUUCGUAUAUAUGAAUUGCCGACGUUUUUAGAGAGAGGUCGACUGUUUACAAGACAAGAAGUUCAAUCCUUUGAGAUAGGCCCUAACGGACUCUUCUUUACUGGAGAUGGGACUGGUUUGUUGAAUGUGUGAAAAUGGUUAGAAGAGCCUAAGGUGCCAUGCUCCUGAGCUACAAGAAAAGUUCUUUGGAGAAGGAGAUUACAACUGCAUUGCAUCAUGUAAAAAAUGUUUGUCAUGAAUGAUGGCUUAAGCUAUGUUUGACUAGUGUAACCCGUUCUCCUCGGUGGAACUUUCUGUGUAAUAUAACAUUCUAUGUAUUAUACAAUUUUCAAUAAGAUCAUGAAUUUUAAGAAAUGGACAUGUUAUUUUAA